CUACCGGCAAAGGGAAGUGACGUUGCCUGUCGUCAGGUCUGUGUGUUGAUGUUUUGUAGAAGCUGGAAAGCCUGGAGGACGGAAAGAGAGAGACCGUUUGUUUUUGUUCUCCGAGCGUAAGAGCUCAGAGCGACUUGGAAUAUUUACUUUCAAAUUUUCUCGUAAAUAGUUUCAAGGAUAACAUACGAUUUAUAAAAGUUUAACAACUAACCAACACAAUUAGCUAGCAAAAUCAUUCGCUGAAAAGGAGGAAUCGUCACCCCUCUGACCCCCCUCCCUAAUAACAGACACAAUCAUGACGAUUCUUCCGAAGAAGAAACCGAGCUCGACAGUCGGAGUGUCGGACCAUCCGGACGAAGCAGAUCGGAGGAGCGGUUCUGACCCACAUCAGCAUCCACACGGGGGUCGGGCAGGAACGAGGCCUAGGGCCUCUCCGCCACCCUGGCCGUACCAGGCCGCGCCACCCUCGUCAAGGGAGGACAGACGGAAUGAAGCUAGCUCCCGGCCACAACAGGCCUCCCCUCCGCCUGUAGGAUCGGGAUCGCCCGUCGGGCCAGUGGAUGGAAGUGGAAGUGGUGGGGUACCAUGUGUCGCCGGAGGACGUGGGGAACUGUCAGGUGGUGUAGGCUGCGGUGGGGGGAUCGGAAGUUGUUGUUCUGGGCCCGGUCUCAGUAAAAGGCGACGACAGGCGCCUUGCGCCGGUGGAGUGGCCGGUGGAGGGGCAGUCGGUGUAACUGGGGGCGGUGGUGGGGGUCCCAGUCCUGACACAGAGGAAGGGGCUGGUUACAACAGUGAAGACGAGUACGAGAAUGCAUCUAGACUGCAGUCAAUGGACCCAGCAACAGUCGAACAGCUGUACACGUCAGUGAGAGACGGGCGCUGCGCUGAAUAUGUAGACCCAGAUUUGAUUUCGCUUGGGGAAAGGAACACCAGCACACUGCAGGAACACUGGUUCGAGAAAGCCCUGGGGGAGAAGAAAGGCUUUGUGAUCAAGAAGAUGAAAGAAGACGGAGCGUGCCUCUUCCGAGCAGUCGCCGAUCAAGUGUAUGGAGACCAAGAUAUGCACGAAGUGGUGCGAAAGCACUGUAUGGAUUACCUGAUGAAGAACGCCGAUUACUUCUCGAAUUACGUGACGGAAGACUUCACCACAUAUAUCAACAGGAAGAGGAAAAACAACUGUCACGGGAACCACAUUGAGAUGCAGGCGAUGGCUGAGAUGUACAAUCGGCCUGUGGAGGUCUACCAGUACGGUACAGAACCAAUCAACACGUUCCAUGGCAUCCACCAGAACAACGACGAGCCAAUCAGGGUCAGCUACCACCGCAACAUUCACUACAACUCCGUGGUGAACCCCAACAAAGCGACCAUCGGGGUCGGGCUGGGACUACCGGCCUUCAAACCAGGGCAGUAUGCAGACCAGUCGCUAAUGAAGAACGCCAUCAAGACCUCGGAGGAGUCGUGGAUCGAGCAGCAGAUGCUGGAGGACAAGAAGCGGGCCACCGACUGGGAGGCCACCAACGAGGCCAUCGAGGAGCAGGUGGCGCGCGAGUCCUACCUGCAGUGGCUGCAGGACCAGGAGAAGCAGGCCCGGCAGCCCCGGAAGGCCAGCGCCACCUGCAGCUCAGCCACCGCGGCCGCGUCCAGCGGUCUGGAGGACUGGAGCGCCCGUUCCCCCCGGCAACGCAGCUCCGCCCCCUCGCCGGAACACCCGGACCCUCCCCACUCGGACACGGCUGCCAAGCCCCCCUCCCCUGCUGGGGCAGCCCUCAUGAUGCCCAAGCCCCCGUCACCCUGUGCUCCAGGUCCCAGCAGCCAGUCGUGCGUGGGGCCGGACAGAGCCACUUCCUCUUCCCUCGUGUCUCUGUACCCCGCUCUGGAGUACCGCGCCAUUAUGCAGGAAAUGUCACCCACUGCCUUCGGCUUAACGGACUGGGAGGAUGAUGAGAUUUUGGCUUCCGUCUUGGCGGUUUCACAACAAGAGUACCUCGACAGUAUGAAAAAGAACGCGAUGCACAGAGAACCUUCCCCAGACAGUAGUUGAUAUUGGGGAUGGGGGUGUUGGUUUAAAAAAAAUUUUUUUUAAAUCAACUGGGAAGUAACAGAACAGAAAAAAAAACUCAUUUUUUUUCUCAGUCAUCAUAAAUAUCUUCCAAUCUUCUCUUUUACUCUUCCCAUCUUUCCAUCUCUGACUCUUCUUCACGACGUCUAUACAGUACCAUCAUAAUCAGCCUCUCCAGCCCCUUCCUUUAUAAUACCCUUGACCACCAUUGGACUUAUUUAGGUGCAUGUUUAAAAUAAACACAACGAACAUCAUCAUAGAAAAUACAAAAAAAAAAAAAAAGAAAAAAGAAAGAAUUAAAAUUGUAAUAAUGUCAUACUUAUCUUCUUAAUGAUUAAUUAAUAUAAUUUUGUUUUAUUUUAUUUUCUCUUUUUUGGGAUGAAAAAUACUUGUUUUUCUUGGAAUAAAAAAGAAAACUUUCUGAAGAAAAA